UCACAUCAACCCCCUGUGAUGCCAGCUAACCCACUGGACGGGACGGCAUGCCUGUCGAGGCGGGAUAGUCCAAACUAAAUGAGGCUGCGCUCUUAUUAUUAAAAUCAUGCAGCAAUCGAUUUGUUGGCAAAGAUGCGACGAUGCAUGAGAAAGGAGGAAGGUUGCUCACCACGGCGGGAUGAAUUAUGAGCCGCGAUAGACGACAAGAGGAAUACACACAGAGACAGAAAUCUGAGACGACAUAAUCCAUCUGGCCAUCGGGGGGGACGAAGAAGAGGAUGAUGAUGAUGAUGGCUUCGUUAAAAACAGCAGUGUUUCUACAAUGGAUGCUUCAAUGUGCUCUGUGCCGCGAUGUAACUCUUCCCCCUGGACCCAUCUACCGCGUGGCAGGGUUCCCCCUCUCUCUGCCUUGUGUGGUCUCGGGGUUUGAAGGCCCACGUACCCAGGACUUUGAGUGGUUCCUGUACAGGGAGGAUGCCGGCGGGAGGCAGAUAGGAGUCGUGUCCACCAGGGACCAGGGGUUCCCCUACGCCCCGUUCCAGGCCAGGGUUCGGACGGGGGAGGUCAGGGUGGAGAGGGACGCAGGGGACAAGGCCAGGCUGGUGGUCCAGAGGCUCCGGCCGGAAGACCAGGGCAAAUACGAGUGCUACACACCCAGCACAGAUAGCACCUUCCGGGGGAAUUACAGCGCCUCUGUUGCUGUCAAAGUGAUUCCUGACACACUCCAGAUCAGCUAUUCCCGCUCACUCACUGGGCAGCCCGUGCCAGAGGGAUCGGAAUUAACGCUGUCAUGCUCAGCCGCCGUCCAGUCCCGGCAGCACACCCAUCUGUCCGUCACGUUUGGGAAGCGUGGCGGACAGAGUUCGGGGAGUCCGGCGGGUGGAGAGGUUAGCACCAUCAGAGAGAUUAUCUCCAUCGAUAGAGUGCUGACAGUGACUCCUGGACGCAGCGGGUCCUACAAGAAGCGGUACGACGAUGGCGAGAUCACACUGGAGAAAAGGAACGGAGAGGGCGGACGGGAUUUGUAUUUGAUGAAGAUGAAGGCCGUGCAACCGGAGGAUACCGGCUCGUAUUUCUGUGAGGCCUCGCAGUGGAUUCUGGACCCUGACGGCUCGUGGCAGAAGAUUGCACAGAGGACGCUGGACAUUGGCAACCUGACGGUUCAGCAACUAGCCGAGUCUCUGAGUGUCAGCUCGUCUCCCAGGGGAGUCGUGACGCUGCAGGUGGGUUCCCCGCUCAGCCUGACCUGCGAGGUGGCUGGGCUGCCGGCCGGGGGCACCUCAGGCCUGCUGGUUCAGUGGAUGAAGAGGGGCUCUGUCAGCAGUGAUCUAUUUGCAUCUGGGGGAGUUGAGGUGGAGGUGGCCCGGAUAAGCCCAGACGGCGUGGUGAGCUGGGGGGACGACCUCAGCCGAGCCAGCGGGGGCUCCAUGGAGAAAGUGGCGGACGGGAAAUACUCUCUGAAGCUGUUCUCGGCUCGGCCCUCCGAUUCAGGGGUGUAUCGGUGUGCCGUGAGUGUGUACGCUGGACGGAGGAACCCGGGCCCGUCUACUGCCGCCACCCUCACCCAGAGGUCUGAGGGAGUCACCGUCAACCUCAAGACAAAAGACGUGGUGGUUUCAGCUGUGGCCGAGCUGCCUCGUGGUCCCCUGCUGAAACGAGGUAGCACCAUCACCCUGAUCUGCAACGUCACCGUGACAACCACAGGCCCCACCGAGGUACAGGUGCAGUGGGUGCGGCAGCCGAUCCCGGAGCCAGUGAUCACCAAAAGAGAGAACGCACCAGCCGAGCCGCCUUCUCCCCGCCCCCCGGUGGAGGACAAACCGAGGCUGGUAGCGGCUCUGACGUACGAGGGCGUCGCACAGAUCUACGCCAACGGCAGCGAGGUCAGCAUCGACCGGCUGUCAGCCAGCAGCUACAGACUGAGGGUCCACUCAGCCGCCACGGAUGACCAGGGCCUGUAUGUGUGCCAGGCCGAGGUGUGGGGGCAGGACCCGCACGGAGGCUGGUACAACACGGGGGCCAAAGCCGAGUCGUCUGCCGUGACCGUUUACUUGUACGCUCGAGUUGCUGAUCUCCUCCUCAUCCCUUUGGUUAUCGGCGUCUCCUCGUCCCUGUUUGUGGGCAUCGUCAUCAUCGCCACGGUAACCUGUUGCUUCAUGAAGCGCCUGGCAAAACAGCGUGCUCGGAAAUAGGCGUCCCGCUCCGUUGCCUGUCUGAAAUCUGAAUGUUUGUGGAGGGGCAGAAGACGGGACACGUGGAACGGAAUGGAUAAAACGGUCAAGAAAUGACUUUGAGACAAAGUGAAGUUUUUUCCUUGUUUGCUCAUUUUCCAUAUCCUCGCAUACACCCGUUUUAACAACACAUGCCAAAAAUCACUUUUUUUAAUCUUCUUGUCUUUUUAUAUCAAACCCAUUAUUUUUACUUUCCUUAAAAACAGUACAUUUUUAGUGGGUGCAGCAUCGCAUACCGGUAGGCUUCCAUAAAAUCCCAACCAGCAAAAUCUGAUUUUUGAACAGUGAAUCUCCUACACUCUGAAUGCAGGUCCACUUCUUCAGAGUAAUUUCCCAUGUUUGCUUUGUUCGAGUGCAUCCAACAUUUGAGCGAAUCCUCCCCACCCUCCUUUUUCUUUCGUGAAUAUAGUCCAUCACAGAAGCCGGACACACUCAAACUGCCGUUUCCUGUUGUCUUUUAAGAAAUGGACGUGUGUAUAUUUAUUCGUGAAGAGGUCAAGAGUAAAGACGUUACCACAAGCGAGUUUCAGAAACCACCUCAAGGACACUGCAGAAGUGAAAAAGCAUCGGUCCCUUGGAAAAGCCAAGAAAACUGCCCGCUCAGAGGUCACGGUUUGAUUUUCAUUUAGAACGGUACCAAAUACCGUUGAGUCCCUCUGGUGUUUUCUGAGAUCAACCUGAAUCAGUUGAUGGUACUUCUCUGAGCUGGGAAAAAUGUCACUCUCGUUAAAUUAUUCAGGUGGCAGGCUAAAUGAUCUUUACUCUGGUACUUUACAGCGAACAAAGAAUAUUUUUUUUUUUUGUCUUUCCGCGUUGUUGCUAACGGUUAAGACUCUUACUCUAAAUGUCUCUGCUCAAACGGCAUGCUGUUUUAUUGCGAAGCCAGUGAUGUCUCAAUGUCCAUGCAUGGUCAGCCCGCUCUCACUGCCACUGUCAGACAGUCACAUGAAUGCUGAUGUGCGCGGAAACUCAGUAUGAGGAUAGAGACCUUCCACUGCCUGCAGACCAGCGCAGCCCCGCUCUGCAUUUAAACAAAGUCUCUGUCUGCAACUUAAUAAGGAAGGAGCUGCCCAGGGACUCUCUAAUGCCAAGACCGGUUGCUUGCCACUCUAAACAAAACCUCUGUCCUCGCCCGUCGCUCUGUUGUGAAUUCUCUGUACAUACUUGUAUACAUUCGACAAAGAGAUAUAGAAGAGAGAUCCAUUGUGCGCCCAGCUGAAGUAUGUAAAUACUCCGCAGAGUUCAGCUGUUUUAUUUUACUUAAUGUAAAAAGCAAGACUGUACUUGAAUCAUCGUGUUUGUCUUUGGCGAGACGUGAGUUUAACAUUCUGCAGCAGUCUGUUCGGUUCUUUUGAAGCACUUGGACCAAAAUGGGACUGGGACCAAAGCCCCCUUGGUAUCCUUUUACUUGAUUUUUUUUUUUUUUUUUUGUUUUCGGUUGACAAGUCACUUUGCUGUACUUGAGCGAGUACUUUUGAAUUGUUCUCAAUUGAUGGCUCCUUUUUGCUGUUGUCAAGUGGCUGAGGUGGAGCAACAGUGCUGUGAAUAACAAAUUCCCUGUUUGUGUGCUGUGAUGUGUAACACACAAACAGGAAGCGUGUUGUGUUCUGGGUAAAUGUCCUCAGCCGUGCAGUCACAUGACCAGACAGGGUUUAGGGGGUCUCAUUAUCGUUGACAUGAUAUUUAUCAUGUGGCUUAGGCCCAGGCAUUUUUUGUUAGUGCCAACACUUGUGACUGCUUCCCUCUGCUAGCCUGCAGACACCAAUCCAACAAACAGAUACUUUGUGUCUGCGCAUUGAAAAUACGAAUGAAAUCCGUCCUCCUGUCCCUCUCAAAGUAACACUCUAGAAAAGUUUGAUCAUGCAUAAUAACGAUUUAAGAUUGGAUUCAUGCUCAUGGGAAAGUGUGAUUGCGUUUUCCUAUCCAAUCUGAGGCUCUCGCUGCAAAUGCCCCAGGCUGUCGUCUCUAGCUUUUAUUCUGCACUGAGACAUACAAUCCUCUCUAGUUUUCUGUCUGUGCCCUCUUUCUCUCCGUUUCUCUGUGAGAGUUCCUCUAAAUCUGCCUUUCCCUCCCAAACCUGCGCUCUCUAAACCCCCGAUUAUAAAUGUUGUUCAUGAACAUUACGGAAUAAAAUCACAGCUCUGCUUGCUUCCUGAGCCACUUUGUUCCAGAUCAACUACUCAAAGCUGAUUUGUUCCCCCACAUACCCACCCCCCACGUGAUUACACGCGUGCACACGCACACACACACUUGCACAUGCACGUGCACGCGCAGUAGCAUCAGCACAGUGCUAGCUGACAUUUCAGAGUGGAAGUAACUGAGUAUCUGCGUGUUCACUGGUCUCUAAUCCUCGUGUUUAUGGUUGCAGUGUGCGUCCCGCCGCCCUUCCCCCCUCUCUCACUGUGUUACAGUGUCAGUGUGGCUUGCAUUUGAUUCAUUUAAAUCUCUGUCCCUUGACGGCAUCGGCCACUUCUCACAAUGGUGUUGCUAUUCUGUUGCACUGUGUUAUGUGACGAAGGCAUAACAUGUUCACAGGACAAAACUGCUGUCAAUGUCGUGCUUAGUUUGAGGACGUAUUAACCACUUUAACGAAGGUGUUAUGUUUUGUAUGAAUUGUUUACUUAUGCUUUAAUACCACUGUUCCUGUUUUCAAUUUGCAGCCACUGAAAUAUACAAAUGGAGGUCAUGUUCAGUUUGUUUUGUUAUGGUGCUUUGGCAAAGCUGCCAUUUGAUAAACCAAUAAACCACUCUGGAUUUAUAAUGUUACUGUU